AUGGCGUCCUCGAUUGCUCCCUAUCUGGCACGGCCAAAGACACCCCCCGAGCUAAAUGUGCCGCCGUCCACUGCAACGGUGACUGUGCGAGUCAUAGACAGCACCACUUCUCUCUGGCUGGAUGGGCCCCUGUUCUGGCAGCCGGCCAUGGCCGGUUUCGACGGCAUCGACGUGCCUAUCUACUGCUUCCUCAUCUCGCAUGGAGACCGCCACGUCUUAUUUGAUCUUGGCGUGCGCAAGGACUGGCACCACUACGCGCCCAAGACGGUGGAUCUCAUCCGGCGCACGACGCGCUGUCGCACCGACAAGAACGUGAGCGAGAUCCUGGACGAGCACGCUGCAUUGACCGGGGUGCGGAGCGCCGAUAUCGAGGCUAUCAUCUGGUCGCACCACCACUUCGACCACAUUGGCGACCCAUCAACCUUCCCGGCUUCGACGGACCUCGUUGUGGGGCCGGGAGUCAAAGCGGCCUGCUGGCCGGCCUACCCGACAAAUCCGCACUCGCUUAUCCUCGACGCAGACGCGGCGGGCCGGACGGUCCGAGAAGUCGACUUUGGGGCGGCACCACUCCGCAUCGGGCGCUUUGAUGCCGUGGACUACUUUGGCGACGGGUCUUUCUACCUCCUGGAUGCGCCAGGACACUCGGUCGGCCACCUCACGGCGCUCGCGCGCGUCACGGCGGCCGGCGAUGGGGGCGACGACGCCUCGUUUGUCUUCAUGGGCGCGGAUGCGUGCCAUCACCCGGGUGUCUUGCGGCCGACCAAGUACCUGCCCCUGCCCGCCCAGGUGUCGUUGUCGCAGCCCCCGCCUCGGAUCUGCUGCCCGGGGGAGGCGUUGCAAAGGAUCCACCGAAGCGGGGAUCCUGCGGAGCCCUUCUUCCACGUGUCGACCGUCUUGUUUCCGGACCACGAGGCGGCCAUGGACACGGUGGAGAAGAUCACGGAGCUGGACGCGAACGACAAUGUCUUCGUCAUUCUCGCUCACGACGAGUCCCUCCGGGGCCACAUUGACUUGUUCCCGCAGGCCAUCAACGACUGGAAAGCCAGGGGCUUGCGGCCGCGGACGCGGUGGCUGUUUUGCAAAGAUUUUGCUGCUGCCUUGGAUAUUUCGAAGAGCUUGAGGGACUGA